UUUUAUAAACGCUUUCUCGGACAACAGAUUGACGACAAUACUGCAUAUUUCUCGACUCGUUUAAGCCGCCACCGCCGUUCGUCGUUUCACUCUCUUCUUUCUCUGCCACCGCGCCGCCGCCGCCGCCGCCGCUCGUAGUUACCUCUGCUGUUGCCACUUCCGCCGCCGAAUUUUGUCCCCUUUUUUCUCCGAAGCUCCAGCAUGAAAACUCUAAAACGACACAGGCCGCGGGAAGACGAUGCACAUCGGAAGAGCCUCGGCCGAACUGCUAAAUGGAGUAAAAAAGGGGGAAGCGGAUUUGAGAAAACGAGUAGAUCAAGCGCAAAUGCGAAAAAGAAGCUUCAUGUGUAUGAGGAGAAGGAUGAUAUCUCAGAGGAUUUCAGUGAAGAGCAGAAGAAUGAAGAUUCCGAGGCGGAAGAUGUUGCGAAAGCUGCAUAUAGAGAACCGUCAAUGUAUGAUAACUUGUUGAAGAGGCUUGGGUCUGGUAAUUUAUCUGUUGCAAAUGCGCUGCGCAGAAGGCAAAGAGAAGAGCAAGGGCAAAGUGACACGGAUGAAGAUGUGGGCGAUGAUUCAGACCCAUUAAGCGAUUCCGAGGAAAUUGAUGGCCACGAGGAUGGAGAGGGUAACAAGUCUCCUAUGAAUUACAAUGCUGGAAGUGGCUCAAUAACUGGCUUGGGGCUGAGGGAAGAUGUGGAAACCAAUGGUGAUGAAGAUGAUCUCACUGCUAGUGAUGAUGCGCUCUCUGACACAGAUGAGGAAGGUGACUUGGGAGUAAAUAAUCAGCACCUUUCUGAAGCAUCUGCAACAAUUAGUAACUUUGACAGUCAUUUGACUUACAAAUUAGAAUCUGUGGAGGUUGACAAUAUAUUGAAAAGAAAAUGGAGAUACACCUGGACGAUGCCUGCUCUUAACAUGCCUAAUUGCAAUUGGAAGGGAACAGGAUCAUGCUUCAUGAAGGAUAUGGACACAAGUCUUAAUUAUGGCCUCAAGACAAAGUUGUACAAACAUUGGUUGGAAAGCUACAAGGAAUCUGGAGGCAGUGAAUUUCAUCAAUCGAGGCAGAGAUUGUUUUUCUCUAUUUGUAACAGUUAUUAUGAUAUAUUACACCAUAACAAAAAACCCUUCUAUCUCAGAGGAUUGGAAGAAGAAUCGAGUAUCAUGGAUGCAUAUGUGAUGCAUUGUUUGAACCAUAUCUUUAUAAGUAGAGAUCUUAUGGUGAAAAAUGAAAGAAAAUUGGCAAAACAGCAGGAGAGUGCAGAGGAAAAAAGUGUUGAUUGCGAUGCUUAUCUUGAUCGUGGAUUUACUCGUCCUAAGGUUUUGAUUCUUUUGCCACUGGCUGGAAUUGCCCGUCGUGUUGUAAAGAAAUUGAUCCAGUUAACUCCACCCAAGUAUAAUGCUAAUGUGGAAAAUUUGGAGCGCUUUCAUGAAGAGUUUGGUUCUGGUAGGGAGAGCAAGGAUGAUGGCAAUGAUGCAAAAAUUCCUAAUUCAAAGAAGUCUGCAAAACCUCCUGAUUUUCAAGCAUUGCUUGGUAAUGACAAUGACAACGAUCACUUUAUGUUAGGCAUAAAGUUUACCAGUAGGGGAAUAAAGUUGUAUGGAGAUUUCUAUACAUCGGAUGUGAUUGUUUCUUCUCCGCUGGGUUUGAUCACAAAAAUUGGGGAGGCAGAAGUUGAUAAAGAAAAAGAUGUUGAUUAUCUUUCUUCAAUAGAAGUCUUAGUCGUUGACCAUGCAGAUGUCAUGCUAAUGCAGAACUGGUCUCACGUAAAUACAGUGAUUGAACUAUUAAAUCGACUUCCAUCAAAACAACAUGGAGCUGACAUAAUGCGCAUAAGGCAAUGGUAUCUAGAUGGGCAAGCUCGUUUUUAUCGGCAAACAGUGAUUUUAAGUUCUCAUCCAAAUCCAGAUAUUAAUGCCUUGUUCAAUAAGCACUGCCUUAAUUAUCGAGGAAAGGUCAAAUUGGAGUGCAAGUAUAAAGGUGUCCUCCCAAAGAUAUUAAUUCAAGCACGACAAAUCUAUGAGCGUCUUGAUAUAUCCUCCAUAGAAGAAGCUGAUGAAGCUCGUUUUAAAUAUUUCUGUGAUAAGGUGUUCCCCAAAAUAAAAGAUUCUGUUCAGGAUGGGAUGAUGAUUUUUAUUAGUUCAUAUUUCGAGUUUGUCCGCAUUCGGAAUUAUUUGAAAUCACAAGCUGCUUCUGUAUGCCUGUUUGGAGAGUAUAUUCAAAGGAAUGAUAUAUCGCGCGUGCGAGGCGAGUUUUUCAGAGGCGAGAAGAAAAUUAUCCUGUACACUGAGAGAGCCCAUUUCUACUACAGAUACAAGAUCCGUGGUGUAAAGAAUUUAAUUUUCUACUCCCUACCCGAGAGAAAAGAAUUCUACCCCGAGAUUGUAAACCUUCUCGAAGAGUCAGAUAGCAUGAAUUGCAGAGUCUUGUUUUCUCGUCUUGAUCAUCUCCGGCUCGAGAGGAUCGUUGGUUCUGCUGCAGCCAAACGGAUGAUCGACUCAGAUAAAGGUGUCUUCGUGUUCGCUUAAAGAAAAUUUCAGUCAGACUUAUACACAAAGUUACUUUCAGAGAUCAUCGCCAGGUACCUACAUUUCAAGAAUUUUUACUAGGAGAGAUUAUACACAAAACAAUACACAGGCAAAAUGCUAUGCAUGAGGACAAGAGAGUCGAGCAUAACCAGGAAUGACUUGUCGGAAGCAGCAACAGGGCCACUAACCCAAUCUCCGGCAAAUCAUCCCUGGCUAGAUCCCACUCCCUACAUCUUCAUGCACAAGAUCAAAUGCCUUGUUUCUCGAUGCGCCGUUGCUGCUGCAAGAAAGCUCUCUAUAUAUAGAGGUAUGCAAGGUAAAUGAGUUUUUAAGUGUAAAAAUGCAGCUUAUAGUGUUUUCUUAGCUACUAUAAUCUUAUGCAUAUAUUCCAGUAUUCUCUACUUGAAUUUUUAUUUACUAGUUUGUUUGGUUUUGAUUUGGAAUGGAGUUUUUUUAUUUGAAUUUUGGUUUAAAUAGUAUUUUGAUGUGAUAUUUUUAGAUUGUAUAAU